AUGAUGUCCAUGAACAGCAAGCAGGCUUUCAGUAUGCACCCGAUCCUCCACGAACCAAAAUACACACCUCUGCACUCCAGUUCAGAGGCGAUCCGGCGGGCAUGUCUGCAAACACCCUCGCUGCAGGGCAACAUCUUUGCCGGUUUUGAUGAGACGCUGCUGCAGAGGGCCGAGGCUCUGGCCGCUGUGGACAUCGUGACACAGAAAAGCCACCCGUUCAAGCCAGACGCCACGUACCACACAAUGACCAGCAUGACGGGCAUGACCGGCACACCCACGUCCUCACCGGCGCACCUGCACCACCCGUCCGUGCUCACGUCCCACCAUCACGCGCACCACGCGCACCACCCGCACCACCAUCAGCCCGCUCAAGGCCUCGAGGGAGACCUGCUCGAACACCUGUCCCCCGCUAUCUCGCUUGGAGGCAUGCCGACCACCGCCGACAUGGCCUCGGGCGCAUCGCACGCUCACUCGCACAUGGCUAUUGCCAUCAACCACGCUCAGCACCACCAUCACCCACACGCGCAGGCCGUCAACGUGCACCACCCACACCACCUUGCCGCACACGCUUCGCUCGCCAGUGCUUGUAUCGGGACGGGGGAUGCCGAGCCAGACCCGCGGGAACUCGAGGCGUUCGCUGAACGAUUCAAGCAGCGCCGAAUCAAGCUCGGCGUGACCCAGGCGGAUGUUGGCUCCGCGCUGGCCAACCUCAAGAUCCCAGGCGUGGGCUGCCUGAGCCAGAGCACGAUCUGCCGUUUCGAAUCACUGACACUCUCGCAUAACAACAUGGUGGCACUGAAGCCCAUUCUUGAAGCGUGGCUGGAGGAGGCCGAAAGGGCGCAGCGCGAGAAAAUGGCCAAACCGGAGAUCUUUAGCGGCGCGGAUAAGAAACGCAAGCGCACCUCCAUAGCGGCGCCGGAAAAGCGCUCACUGGAGGCCUACUUCGCCGUACAACCACGACCCUCAUCCGAAAAGAUCGCCGCCAUCGCCGAGAAGCUCGACCUGAAAAAGAACGUAGUGCGCGUCUGGUUCUGCAACCAGCGGCAAAAGCAGAAGCGCAUGAAGUUCUCAGCGGCGCACUGA